AUGCAAUUCAACUUCAUCGCAAUUACCGUCGCGCUAGUUGUCACUUCUUAUGCCGCCGAGGCGAAUGUUAAUCUUGGUUGCAGCGUCUUUUCCCAAGGGGAUGUUCCAGUAUGCUCUAACAAAGCUCUGCCGGUCUAUUGCGAUGCUCGUGUUAAUGACCGUCUUGGCGCUUAUGGGGCCUGCUGCCCAGACAACAACUGUGGAGUUCCCAAGGCUCCUGCCUAA